CUCCGCCUCCGCCUCCGCCUCCGGGAAGAUGCUCCCGCGCUCUGCCCUGCAUGCCAGCGCCUCCCCCGCCUCCAGCACCGGGGCGCCCGACUCCGACGAGGCCGCUGCGGAAUCUUUGGUGGAAGCGGAGCUGAGCAAACUCGCCUGCCCAAUCUGCUAUUACCCGCUCGUAAGCUCGAUAGAUCAUCAGUCAGCGCCAUCCAAAUCCGAUUCUAGCCUUGAAUGUUCUACUUGCAAGAAAUUGUACUCUAAGGAUGAUUACUGGGAUCUGACUGUGGCAGUUGGUUCUACUGAGUACUCCGAGACCAUGCCUGCUGCAACUGAGCUUUUCAGGACCCAACUGGUAUCAUUUCUUUAUGAGAGAGGAUGGCGCCAAAAUUUCAUAUGGGGUGGUUUCCCAGGCUUAGAGAAAGAGUUUGAGAUGGCUAAAGAUUAUUUGAAGCCAACAAGUGGAGGGAUUAUAAUUGAUGCAAGCUGUGGGAGUGGGUUAUUUUCAAGAUUAUUUGUUAAAAGCGAACUAUAUUGCCUUGUUGUGGCACUAGAUUUCUCAGAGAAUAUGUUGAAGCAAUGCAAGGAAUUCAUCAAGCAGGAAAACAUUUCAGAUGAGCGAUUAGCAUUGGUGAGAGCUGAUAUAUCCAGACUCCCUUUUGUGAGUGGCUCAAUUGAUGCUCUGCAUGCAGGUGCUGCAAUUCAUUGUUGGCCAUCCCCAGCUUGUGCUGUUGCAGAAAUCAGUCGAGUCCUUCGCCCUGGGGGUAUUUUUGUCGGUUCUACUUUCAUAGCAGAUGUUCUUCCACCAGUUAUCCCAUUACUGAGGAUUGGACGCCCGUACAUUGAUCAAAUCACGGGCAAUAAUACCUUCUUAUCAGAGCUGGAGCUUGAAGAUCUUUGUAGAGCAUGUGGGCUGGUUAAUUUUACAUUUGUCAGAAAUGGAUUCUAUAUAAUGUUCUCUGCUACUAAAGCAAGCUAGUUAAAUAACUACAGAGUCACCUGGAACAUUAUCGCAUAGCUCCUUGAUUAUGCAUUGUUCCUCGUGAGCCACCCUUUCUGUCAGCACUGAUAGUUUUGCUCAAGGUAGUUAUCAAUGUGCUUUGCAAGUACUUUUAGAGAUGAGAAACCGUAAAAUUUAUGUGGUAACUGUCCAAGUCCUAUGCCAUGGCCCUGGUACUUGAAAACGGCCCAUCGAGGCCCAUACACAAGAGGAGUAUCUACAUGCAUAGGGUUGGAUGGGCUGGAUGAAAACGGAGCGGCAAAGGAAGCAACACGAGAGGGAAGUGGCGGCGAACGGAAUUCCGACCAAGGAGAUAUUGGACCUUGGGGAUGAUGUAUCCCCUCCGCUGCUCCCAGUCGUCGUGCGCCCGUCCAUCUUGCCGCCGACAAUGUAGCCGUUGUCCACUCCGCCCGUGACCGACCUUGAUCCGCGACCGAUUGGGCAACGGAAACGCGGGGCAGACUACGUUGUGUGCAACUCGCCGCAACUCCAACGAGCGCGGACGAGCAGGGCAGUGCCGGCAUCCGGGCUGCCCCCCGUCCUGUUCAACGGAAUGUCCCAGCAGGAUUGGUAUAAAUUUUGUUCCAUUUUCCCUCUUUGUUCGUAAUAUUUGCUAUGACAUUGGAUCGAGAUACGGAGUAUUUGAAGAUAAUGUUGAUGGAUGCAAGCCUCUUGGAUGAGCAAACAAAGAAGUGGCUUAUGUGGAAGAAAAAGAAGACUAAUGAUCGUAAGCAGUAUGAGACGGUGAGACCGGCGAAGGUAACAACGUACGACCCGGGUAGCGGCCAUGGUAGAGCAAGAGACCUUGAUGGAGGCCACGGUAGAGCAGGCAGUCCGGUUGGUGUCUGACAAGUGAUCCAUCAUGUUGGCCAGCUGUGGUCCGAAGUAGAUUUUUUUUGUCAUGCCCAGAUUGU